UUUCGUGUUGACUCCGUCGGAAUAAAGACAGUUUCUGGUCGCUCCCGCGGUCGUCUUUUCAGGCCGACCGUCGCCGUGUUUUGCUUACUUCUUACGAUUAUUCCAUCACUGGUUCUUUUCCUUUUCCACUUGAUGUUGGCUACUACUUGUCGAUAUAGUGUGACCUAAAGUCUUCGUUCUGUGUGCAAAUAUGGUAACUUCAACAGUGUCCCUGAAGGUGUGCAAAUCAGGAUAAAGUGCAAAACAGAUAUCUACAGUUUGCUUAUGUCAUCUGUAGGUGGUACAAAGGCAGAAAUUAAAUCAAUCAAGUUGAAGGGUGAAAUGAAAUCAAUUUGAAAGGUUUCGCCCAAAUUCAUUCAUUCUCUUACGGGUGUGUAGUAUAGUAUUUAUCGGAUUGGUCAGUCAGCGUUUUUUAGAGGUGUGAAUAUUUACCGUUGCCCGAUGUGAAGUGAUAAUAAUACAACAAAAGCCCGAACUAUCUGACGUCGGUACGCGUGCAGGAAUGCGCGUAUAGCUUGCACCUUUAUUGUUUCGAGUAGCAUCACAGAGCAUAGUAGUAUAUUAGCGCUACUCGCAACUAAUGACUUCCCAGUCCAACUAAAAUGCACCACUGGAAUAAAUACAUUACAGAUUUAAUUCGGUAACCGACUUCAGUGGAAAAGAGACGGUUGUGUUUUGUAUGUAUUGUUUAUGUACAGAAGAUAGAGUGUCGUCAGUGGAGAAUAGUGAGACACUAGGUGAAUUGAAUAGUGCAGGAAAUUCAACCCAUCUGUGGAAAAGCGGGUGAUUCAUGCCGCUAUAUACUACGGUUUAUAUGUAAAAUAGUCCUAACCUAAAAAUAAAACAACACUAAACAGCGAUCUGUGUUAGCUGUACGGUGUUGGUGACCGUACGAACGGCCAUCGGUAGAAAAAAAGAAGUAUUCCAGAAAAGGCGAAGGCGUGUGAUGCCAGAAAAGCAAUAAUAAUAAUAACAGAAAGGCAGCAGCAGCAGUAACAACAACGAUGGCACUACAUCAGAACAGUCAGGAGGUCGGCGUGCAAGAUUUUGUACUGCUCGAUGUGAUUACCUUGGAGAAUUUCAUGGCCAACUUGAAGAAAAGGUUUCAAGCUGGAAAAAUCUACACAUACAUCGGCGAGGUAUGCAUCUCGAUGAAUCCCUACCGAGAGAUGAACAUCUAUGGCCCGGAACAGGUCAGCCGUUAUAAAGGUCGAGAGCUGUUCGAAAAUAUGCCACACAUAUUUGCCAUCGCCGAUGCCGCCUACCGGGUGCACAAACAAAGGAACCAAGAUACAUGCAUCAUGAUUUCCGGCGAAUCCGGUGCCGGCAAAACCGAGGCUUCGAAAAUCAUAAUGAAAUACAUUGCCGCCGUUACCAACCAGGGCAAGCAGAACGAUAUUGAAAGGGUAAAAAAUGUUCUCAUCCAGAGCAACGCCAUCCUGGAAUGUUUCGGCAAUGCAAAAACCAACCGAAACGACAACAGCAGCCGCUUCGGCAAGUACAUGGACAUCGAGUUCGACUACAAAGGCGAUCCGGUAGGCGGUAUCAUAACGAACUAUUUGCUGGAAAAAUCGCGGGUCAUCCAGCAGCAUCCGGGCGAGCGAAACUUCCACUGUUUCUAUCAGUUGCUACGCGGUGCAUCCGAUGCGGAACUGAAGCAAUUCCACCUUACGAGAGACCCGGCUCAGUAUCACUACACCAACCAAGGCAGCGUAGAGGUUCUGUCGGAGAAGGGCGACUAUCGGGCCACGACCGCUGGCCUUAAGGCACUCGGCUUCAGCGGCGAUGAACUUACGAUGGUAUGGCGAAUCGUGGCCGCCGUGCUCCAUCUGGGCAAUAUCAGAUUUAAAACACAAGAAGAGCAGGUCCAAGUUGCUACCCGUAAACCGCUGACCACGGCAGCGCAGCUACUGCACGUAACCGAAGAAGAAAUGCAGCGCUCACUCACGGAACGAGUGAUUGCGGCCCGAGGUGAGAUCAUGACGAAAACCCACGACAUCGAGCAGGCCGAGUUUGGGCGGGAUGCCUUGGCCAAAGCCGUUUACGAUCGGCUGUUUACGUGGAUCAUUCAACGAAUCAACAAGGCCAUAGUGGUGCCCGGUGGAAACACCCAGAAACGGCACAACCGGGUCAUCGGGGUGCUGGACAUCUAUGGGUUCGAGAUUUUCGACCAGAACAGCUUCGAACAGUUCUGUAUCAACUAUUGCAACGAGAAACUGCAGCAGUUGUUUAUCGAGCUGGUUCUGAAGCAGGAACAGGAGGAGUACCGUCGAGAGGGGAUCGAGUGGACUAAUGUGGAAUACUUCAAUAACCAGAUCAUCUGCGAACUCGUCGAACAGCCUCACAAGGGUGUGAUAUCGAUAAUGGACGAGGCUUGUCUAAAUGUUGGGAAAAUCACUGACGAGAUGCUACUGGACGCAAUGGAUAAGAAGCUAUCGCAUCAUCCACACUACAGUAGCCGACAGCUGAAACCGAUGGACAAGGAGUUGAAGCAUCGCGAAGACUUCCGUAUCACGCACUAUGCCGGGGACGUCAUCUACUGCGUCAACGGAUUUAUUGAGAAGAAUCGGGACACCCUAUUCCAGGAUUUCAAACGUCUGCUCUUCCACUCGAAUGAUCGCUUGAUGAGUUCCAUGUGGCCUGAGGGAGCACAGGACAUAUCGAAAACUACCAAGAGACCCCUGACGGCAGGAACAUUGUUCCAGCGAUCGAUGGCAGAACUGGUAGCAACUCUGUUGAAGAAGGAACCUUUCUACGUUCGGUGUAUCAAACCGAACGACAUCAAGAGCGCCUCCAUUUUCGAUGACGUUCGUGUAGAACAUCAGGUGCGCUACCUGGGUUUGCUGGAGAACGUUCGGGUCCGUAGAGCAGGUUUCGUCCAUCGACAACGGUACGAUAAAUUCCUACUGCGAUACAAGAUGAUUUCUCAGUACACGUGGCCAAACUUCCGCGGAGGUUCGGACAGGGAUGGCGUUAAGGUGCUGAUCAACGAGAAGAACUUUAGCCACGACGUCAAGUUCGGUAAGACGAAAAUCUUCAUCCGCUCCCCGCAAACACUGUUUUCGCUGGAGAAGCAACGCAACGAGAUGAUACCGCACAUUGUGACCUUACUGCAAAAGCAGGUCCGUGGCUGGAUUUGCCGGCAGCAGUACAAGAAGAUAAAGGCCGCUCUCAUCAUUAUGCGUCAUUAUCGCAAGUAUAAACUGAAGAGCUACGUCCAGGACCUAGCCAUGCGCUUCCGUAAUGCUCGCCAGAUGCGAGACUACGGCAAAGGUAUCCAAUGGCCACAGCCUCCGCUCGUGGGUCGCGAAGCGGAGAAACAAUUGCGGAUGUUGUUCUCUCGCUGGCGAGCGUCAAUGAUCCUGCGAAAGUACCCAAGGGAUGAGUGGCCCCAACUACGGCUGCAGAUCAUCGCAGCGAGUGCGCUCCGCAAGCGGCGCAAGUUCUGGGGCCACGAUCGCCGCUGGUUGGGAAAUUAUCUCUCCAACACGGCGGAAAACUCCAACUAUUCAUCGUACAAUGCCAGUAUUAAUAACAUUAAGAACACGGACAACUUCCGGGUGGUGCUAUUUUCGUCUUUCGUCAAAAAAUUCAACAAAUGCAACAAAUCGGCAGACCGAGCGAUUAUCGUGACCGACGUAGCCAUCUACAAACUGGACGGCCCGAAGAAUAAAUUCCGCAACAUGAAGCGCACCGUUGCCAUCAAGGAGAUUUCGUCCAUCAGUGUGAGCCCCGGCCGUGAUCAGCUGGUAGUAUUUCAUUCGCAUCACAACAAUGACCUGGUGAUAGCGCUGCAGGGAGAACACCAUGCUCUGAAGGAAGACCGCAUUGGGGAGAUAGUGGCCCACGUGUCCAAGCGGUACUACGAACUGUGCAACCAGGACCUUCCGGUGAGCGUAUCGCCGACGUUCCAACUUCGCCUGGGCAAUAAGAUGCGCACGCUGAGCGUAGAAGCCGUCGCAGGCGUCGAGACGCCCGCCUUCGAACAUUCCGGUGCUGUAAUCGUAUUUAAGGUUCCUUCCUCGUACGGUAGUGCGAUAUAAUGUUUGCCGUGUUUUUCUUUUUCGUUCAUUUGAAUGUGUGUGUGCUUUAAGUAUGAUUUUUAAAUUUACUUUCCAAUGGGUUUCUAACGUACGUGUACUGAAGCAGUAACAGUAUCUUUUUUAAGAUUGUACAAGAAAAAACCGGAUAUGAUCCGUUUAAACGAGUAGUGCCGGCGGACGCAUAACAACUGUCCCAUGUGACGUUUCGGCAAUUUUGAGGUUAAUGCUUAUCGCCAUAAUUUGAUGUGUACUUUUGGGAUAUUACAUGCUGUUUAUUAUAGGAAAAUUCGAAAAAAACAAAAAUCGAUUUGUCGCACUGGAACGAUUCACAAAAGAAAAUCGAUGAGAACCGAUCGUCGCAGUUACGCCCUUAUGAUUCUUAAAGCUAGAUUUAAGAAACAUUUUUUUUUUAAUUUCAUGUUAUUGAUUUUGAAUUGUUCCAGUGGGUGAAGUAUGCGUUCAUCAUUCAAGUGGGACAAAUCGACAUAGGGGAAAUCCAUUAUGUAAGGUUUUUGAGUUAUUAUUAGAACCCCGCUCACCAUCUUGUAUGACACUGUAAGAUUUACAGUUAACCCCGGUUCCCCUUAAAAUCUUAGUUUUAAAGAUUUUAAUGUUCCAAGAAAACCGUUAAAUAUUGAUAUCCAUAAUAAAAUGUCGAAAGACAAAAGUCUAAUGCACAAAAGGUUGAAAGGGACAAAAAGCCGAAAGGACAAAAGGUCAAAUCCCCAAAAAUAUUUAUUUUUGAAGAAGUAGUGUAAUUUAAAGAAGAGUAAAUUGUAUUGAUAUUUUAUACAUUAAAGCACUGCUCACGAAUAAAAGAAGGAAAAGCCACUGACAAAUAUGAGGUUCUAAUAGCUCAUCUUAGUUGUUCCAUUUAUUUCGGAAGAUCUUAUCAUGUAUAAAAGAAAAACUAAUCUAAUAAAAAUAUAAGAUUUUAAUAUCUCAUCAAUUUUUCAAAUCCUAAACCUCACAAGUUUUACAAAGUUUAAAGUGUACAUGUUUAAAACUCAACCACAGUAUUUCAAAUAAUUCUCAUGAUAAAAUUUUCUAUGAAGGUAAUAUGGCAUUUAUAGUAGCUUUAAUUAUAUUAUUCAACAUUAAAGCAAAAUCAAUGUAAACCAAAUUUUAAAGAAUGAGCAUUGAAGUGGAAAUAGUAUAAGUUACUGUUGAGAAAUUGUUUGAAGUCAUGACAAAUCUAUUUCAGAAUAUUUACAUCAGCUUUUGGCUUUUCGACCGUUUGUCCUUUUGACCUUCUGUCUUCCCAAAACCUAUAUAUUGAGUUGGGAACAUUUUUAUACAAAUAAAUAACUUUUUCAUGCGCUCCUGGGAUUUUUGUCAUAAAAGAGUCAAGAUCAAAUUAUUUACUUCUAACUAUUAAAUCUUAUGUAAGAAAAUGGGGGUUGUAAGAAAAUGUAAGAAAUAACCCUCACACCAACUAUUGCCUUACAUAAUUUGUCGAUGACCCCUUAACAUUCUGGCGAUUUUCUCUGUUUGUGACGCAUGGGGCAGUUAUGCGUCCACCGGCAGCACUGGACUCAUACACUCACACAAGUGCUUAAUUUAGCGAUAGGGAUGCAACAAAUUGGCAAAAACUGCAAAGCAAUGUACUUGAAAAUAUUAUCUUAUCAUAUUGUUUAAACUGCGGCAUAUGCAAUCAAGGAUCGUAUUUCUAGAACAGCAAGACAAUUACAAGUGCCAUUGUACGGUAACAGGACAAGUUUAGUAGGGAAUUGAACGCGUUCGGAUCAAGUGUGGAAGAGAAGAAAAAAUCGUUUUUUAUUUGUUUGUGAUACUUUUGAACAUAGAAACGAGAAGAAAGGAACGGCCGUUGUAGAACGACAGGGAACUAACACAUUUUAGUCAAUUUGCGUCAUAGGGGA